CCUGCCAGCCCCGCGCCCAUGGGCAGCGGCGCCGAGCGCGGCGGCUCCGCGGGGCGCGGCACCAAAGGUCUGCUCUCAAACAUCUGGCUGUGGCGAGCUGUCGCUGGAGUCCUUACUGCUGCUGUCAUUCUGAUUUCCUGUAUCCAGUUUGUAAAGCCUUCUCUGGCCAGAGCGUUUCCAGUGUGUCCUCCCCUGGAGCUGUGUCCAUCAGGCUGGCUGUACUUCCAGAGGAAGUGUUACUUCCUCUCAGAGAGUGAGGCUGCCUGGAACUCCAGCCAGAGCCAGUGCUCCUCCCACAACGCUUCCCUGCUGGUCAUCGAGAAUCACCAGGAGCUGAGGUUUAUGAUGAAGAUAACAAAGCAAGACCCAUGGAUUGGACUCCAUAAAAGAAAUGAAGAGUUCUUCUGGGUAAAUGGAAAAGCAUUAGACAAUGAACUGUUUGAAGUGAAAGGCUCUGGCAGCUGUGCCUAUCUGGAGUCCAAAGGAGUCUCAGCCUCAGGAUGUUCUUUAACCAGGAAAUGGGUCUGUAGCUUGAAUAUCAACUCAGCAAGAUAAAGGUGGACAAAGCCACCACCCCUGACUCUCAGAACUCUGAUAUGAUGCCUACACAGGCUAUGCCUGCACUUUGGGACCUGGGAAUGUGUCCCAGCUCCUACUCAGUGGUGAAUGACUUUUCUGGUAGCCAGAAUUCUCCACCCAUGGAUGAAAGCUUUAAAGAUACCAUUUUAAAGGCUCUCUUCAGCAUUUUGAUAAGUCAUUUCCUUGCCCCAUUUUUUCCAGCUACUGCCCAGCUGUAGUUUCUUUUUGCUGUGCCAUCAGUAUUUCCUCCAUUUACUCUUCUCUUGUAGGAGCAGCUGCUCUUUCUUUCCCUUUUUGGGCAUGCAGUUGGAGGUUUUUGUUCUGCUUUUCCUUUUGCCAGGCUCUGUGUGCAAGGGUGGUGGAGUGGGUCUGCCUGGAGGGCUGCCAGUGCCUCAUGGAUAGAGGGCAAUGCAGAAGUGAACACUGGUGUUUUAGACAGGAUCACAGCAAAUUCCUCUCUUUGCAUUUGAUGGGAUGUACCUUGCAUUGUAUUCCACGUUUUGUUAAUGUUAUGUUACAUUAAUGUUGUUAAAUCCUGGUGAUAACACUGUCAAGCUGAUUUAUGUAGCUGCACUGCACCUGAAGUUAUCCUCACAACACUUUCUUUAGCCAAAAAAAGGUCACAGUACAUAAGAAUAUUUAUUUACCUGAGCAUCUGCACUGAUGAGGGGAGAAGAGGAACUGGAGGAGUGAUAGUGAAGCUGCAGGCAUUAAUGUGUAAUGCAGGCAUUAUGUAUAAUGUGUAAAUGUAGGAAUAGUCCUCAGUGCAAGGAGGCAGAAUCAGGAGAAGGGAAUGAGAGAAUUAACAGCAAGGGAUAUUUCUCAGUGUCUCCCUUUUGCCCUGUGCCUGUCAUGGUGUGAGGCUUCUGAGCAAGGGGACAUUUCCAGGUGGACAGUCAGUGUUUCCUGGUGUAGGUGACAUUUUCAGCAGCAGCCCCCAGUGCUCUUGGAUUGCUGGGAGCCUGAACAGGAUUAGGGCACAAUCCCUCUGAUUGUCUGAGUCCUGCACAUAUCUAUCAGGUUGUCCAAAGAUUAAAAGUGUCAUUUGACCCACAGGAAGCAAAUUUGCCUGGAAGGAAUAUAACUAUGAAGUUUCCAGGGAAGGAAGAAUGGGAAGUUCACCCCCGUUAUUUUCUGUGACAGAAGGACUUGACUGUAGCAGGACCAUACACAUGGAUACUGUCAGCAGCUUGUGCCUUUCAGAUGUUUAUUUAAAUAUAAUCACUAAUUUUGCUGGAUUACACUUUUCUUAAUUGCUUGUAUUCUUUAUAGGCACAGUAACAGGACUCUACAGUAUUAAAAGCCUAAUUAUCUAUUUAUUUUUUUAUGUUGGGGGGAAGGUGUUAUUCUGCAAUGUUUUUACAUUAACCUGAUUCUGAAGGAUAUGGUAUGUGCAAUAGUCCUGAAAAGAUACUUAAUAAAUAUCUUUAC